GUGGUGCUGCUGGAGCCUCCCGCGCACCUGCACGCCCACGACGAAGCCGCGCACCGGAGGUGGCACGAGUCUUUCCUGCGUCCGGGCUCGCGCGUCGGCGGCCGCGAUCCGCCGACCAUCCGCCACUCGUACACGGGCGUGUUCUCCGGUUUCGCCGCGAAGCUGACGGUGGACGAGCUCGCCGCCGUGUCCAGGAAGCGCGGGUUCGUGCGAGCGUUCCCGGAGCGGAGGGUGCCGCUAAUGACGACGCGCACGCCGGGGUUCUUGGGGCUGGACGCCAAGCAGGGCGUCUGGAACGCGACCAACUACGGCGAGGGCGUGGUCAUCGGGAUUCUGGACACCGGCCUCACCGCCUUGCACCCUUCUUUCGGGGACGAGGGCAUGUCGCCGCCGCCAGCAAAGUGGAAGGGCUUUUGCCAGUUGCCCGCCAAGUGCAACAACAAGCUCGUCGGCUUGGUCUCCCUCAUGGGCGGCAACGACACCACCGACAACGUGGGGCACGGCACGCACACGGCGGGCACGGCGACGGGACACUUCGUGGACGACGUGUCGGCGUUUGGGCUGGGCAGGGGCACGGCCGCCGGGACCGCGCCGGGUGCGCACCUGGCCAUGUACAAGGUGUGCGACGGGGAAGGGUGCUUCGAGUCCGACAUACUGGCGGGGAUGGACGUGGCCGUGAAGGACGGCGUCGACGUGCUCUCCCUCUCCCUGGGCGGGCCGUCCAUGCCACUGGACAAGGACCUGAUCGCGAUCGGCGCGUUCGGGGUGAUGUCCAAGGGCAUCCUCGUCGUGUGCGCCGGCGGCAACAGCGGCCCGACGCCCUCCACGUUGUCCAACGAGGCGCCGUGGAUACUUACUGUGGCGGCCGGGUCGGUGGAUCGGAGCUACCGGGCCACCGUGCGGCUCGGCGACGGCGAGGCGUUCGACGGCGAGUCGCUCACGCAGGACAAGCGCUUCAGCGCCAAGGAGUACCCGCUCUACUACCCUCGCGACAGCAACUACUGCGACGUUUUCGACGUCAACAUCACCGGCAAGGUGGUGCUGUGCGACACCGAGACGCCGCUGCCUCCAUUGAGCUCGAUCGAGGCGGUCCAGGCCGCUGGCGGCGCCGGGGUGGUGUUCGUCAACGAGGCCGACUUCGGGUACACCAUCGUCGUCGAGAAGUACUUCAACCUCCCCAUGUCGCAGGUGACCGCCACCGACGGCGCCAAGAUCAUGGGCUACGCUAGGGCCGGGCCGCCGUCGGCGGCCGCGCCCCUCAACGCAACGAUACUGUUCAACAGCACGAUGGUUCACGUGAAGCCGGCGCCGAUCGUGGCCGCCUUCUCGUCGCGCGGGCCGAACGUGGCCAGCCCCGGCGUGCUCAAGCCCGACAUCAUGGCGCCGGGGCUCAACAUCCUCGCCGCGUGGCCGAAAAUGGUGCCCGUCGACGGCGACACGGAGUCGUACAACUACAACGUCGCCUCAGGCACAUCCAUGGCCACGCCGCACGUCACGGGCAUCGCCGCGCUCGUGAAGAAGGCGCACCCGGACUGGUCACCGUCCGCGGUCAAGUCCGCCAUCAUGACCACGUCCAGCGCGGUCGACAACGCCGGCCACCCAAUCAUGGACGAAGAGCACCGGAAGGCCAGCUCCUACUCCAUCGGCUCCGGCCAUGUGGACGGCGCCAAGGCCGUCGACCCCGGCCUCGUCUACGACAUCGGCGUCGGCGAGUACAGCGCCUACAUCUGCGCUCUCCUCGGCGAGGCCGCCAUGAAGACCAUCACGGGCAAUGGCAACCUCACGUGCGCCACGGUGGGAUCCAUCCCGGAGGCGCAGCUCAACUACCCGGCCAUAGUGGUGCCGCUCUCCGACAAGAAGUUCAUGGUGAAGCGGACGGUGACCAACGUCGGGCCGGCGAGAUCCAGGUACACCGCCCACGUGCACGUGCCCAAGUGGCUCAAGGUUAAGGUGGAGCCGGAGGAGCUCGAGUUCGAGGCGGCCAUGGAAAAGAAGACCUUCACCGUCACCGUGAGCAGGGAGGGCGACGGCGGGCAGCUGGCCGAGGGCAGCCUACACUGGAAGUCCGAGGAUCAUUUGGUGCGGAGCCCCAUCAUCGCCGACGCAAGGGUUGUCGCCAGAUGA